AUGCGUGCACUACAGUAUGCGGUGCCGGUGAACUGCCUUUUGAUCGGGGCCCUAUCGUUGGUACUGCCGAUCGGGCCUCUGACGGCAGCCAUGAUGCUCGACGCAUUCCUUCUAGUGAUGGCUACCAUCGGCAUCAUGAGCAACGCAGCAGUACUCGUUGUGCCGAACAUUAUUAUUAAACUUCUUCUUUUAUUCGUCAUGUUGUUUGUUGGAUGCGUAUCGAUCGACACAUUUCAUACGCACUACUUCAAAAACUCAGCUAGUGUUAUCAUCGAAAUCGAGAACUCUGACCAUGGAGUCGGUGGUGUUCCUGCAGUACGUUUGGAUUCUCGAGGAAUCCAGUCACUAACGGCUCUUGUCCAUCGGUUGCCAUUUAUUCGCACUAAGUGUCCAGUCUAA